AUGCCCCGAUAUCCCCCACCUGGAUGGUUAGACUACACUCCCCUUGGCACUCGCCUACGAGGAACCUCGCUACUACCCGUUAAGCUUCCUAUCCCCAAAGAGUAUUCGUACUAUAUUCCAACAGAGCAGUGGUUCACCGAUAACGAUCUGCUUAAUUACUGCUCUGAUAUGGGCCGACCCGUCGUCAGCAUCAUCGACCUCACUUACACCAACUACUAUGAUCCAAAGAUUGUGAAGGAUGUCGAUGACGAGUCACCAGGUACACUGCCUGCAUUUAGAUGCCCAUUUAUAGGCGGUGUUAUCGCUGUCCAUUGCACACAUGGAGUCAAUCGGACGGGCUAUCUAAUCUGCCGCUACCUCGUCGAUGCACUCGGGUGGGAUCCCGAUGAGGCUAUUGAAGAGUUCGCACGUGCACGUGGACACCCGAUAGAACGCGAGAAUUACAUUGAGGACCUCCGAAACCACCAGCACUGA